CCCUUGCCCCCACCAAACCACCAAACCCUCUCUCUCUCUCUCUAUCUUUUCGCGACUUUCUCGUUCUCUCUGUUUCUUUCUUUCUCCCUCCUCUCGUGACACGCAUCGAAUCCACUGUACAAAGAGGCGCGUCUAGCUCGAUCCAGGGACUUCUCUCGUUAAGAUCGUCGACAUGCGAUCGAUUAACGUUUACGAGCUGCGUGUAUCCUAUCAAUAAAAUCGAAGCUUCUCGCAGCUUCGACACAAUUCCGAGCGCUCACGAGGGUGUCGCUCUCGAGCGACUUCCUCUCCGCUUCGUACCUCUCAAACUCGUCGAGUCUUAAGGGCUUUAGAGUCUAGAUCGUUACACCUAAAAUAGCGCGUAUACGUGUGGAUGCGUUUCGUCGAUUCGGGACAGGAUGAGUCUCCCGGUUUUUUCUCGAGCAGGUGCUUCUGCCCGAAGUCUGUUUCGCUAUGCGCUUGGUCUGGUACGAGGGGGAUACCUUACGAGUGCACUUGGCAUAUACCUUUCGUAACACGAUACUUCGGGGAGAGCUGCGCGCGGAAACCUCUAGCAUGUGCUGCGAGCAUGUAUCUCCAAUUAGGAACAUAAGAGCGCGUUGUGGUGCGGUUUGCGGCACCUCUGAUCGAUAUCGCGAGAGAGAUCAACUCGGUUUUAUCCUCGUGUCGUAUCUCUAUUAUUGUUAACACGGUCGCGUGUUUGGCGCGUGAGGUUUUUUAAAAGAGAUGCAAUUUCCAAGAUUCUUCCUUUCAAUUAUUCCGUUUCUCGUGGAACAAGGAAACGAGAAGAAUCGUACGUAGACACGUACGCGAAUGAACCGGACUCGAUCGCGUACAACGCUUACAUAAUUAAUUCCCUUCAAGUAUUUUGCUUUCGAGCGUUGGAGGGAGGGGGCGGGCAACAUAACCGCUCAACGUAAACACUCGGCCACGGGAACGCCGACUGUGUUAAAUAUUCAAAGGCAGGAAUGUUUGCGCGUCGUAUUAUUUUCGGUGUCGUUGGCCUACGGCCUCGAAGGCCACCCAUUUCUUCGGCCUUCACCGAAACCGUCCAGAUCCUCUCCUCUCCGUGUCCAGGCGAGCUUCUCGUCCUGAUCUAUGCGAAUAUUGCGGAAAGGCCACGAGGCGCCAAUCCAGCGAGGCGGAAGUCGGCUUCUCUUGCCUCUUUCUUCCGGGCGGCUUCGUAACAAUCAUGGCGACCGACUUCGUGCUUAGCCGUUUUGAUCGAGUUAACUAUAUAGUUACACCCUAAAGCGUAACUCGGGUGUGUCCAUCGGUAGAGAAAAGGAGGGAGAGAGGGAAAAGAGAGAAGGUUCGUCCAUGUUCCGGGAUCUCGUGCUCACACGCUUCCUGAUCGCCGCCCACGGAGGGGCCACGUGCGGUGCAAAUAAAUUGCCAGCAUCGACCAUUUUAAACGAUUCGCCAUUAGAUCGUGCCUCGCGUCUGUAUAUACCCGAUCUAAUUUUCCUGGCGAAGCAUCUUACCGGCUGUCUCUCUAAUAAUUCCUCGGAUAUAUACCGACCGAUCCGUGUAAACAGUAGAUAAACGACGGUGUUGCAAUUGCCGAGGAAAUUGCUGACACGUUCGAGAUUCUUCUUUUCGCUCACGAGACUUGCGCGACUAGUUGCGUUGAGAAUUUUUUUUUUCCUCCUUUUUUUCUUGUUGAAUAACGAACUCGUUAGAAGUUCCAAGAAAUCGAAUUACCGACUUAUUACGAAGAUUGAUCAUCUUUUCAUUUAAACGGUAAAUAAAAUAUGAGGUAUUACGAAGGAAUUUUCGUUGAAUAUUAUUGAAAUAUUUUUUCUUCUUCUUUUUUGAAAAUUAUGUUAUUAUCUAAAUCUUUUGUUGGAUAUCGUGCGUUGAAAUAUUUUUCUCUUCUUUCUUUUUUUGGAAAUUAUAUUUAUUUGGCAUUUGGUGUGCAUUUGCAAUUAACUAUAUUUACGCGAAUAAUAAUAACGGGUAUAUAAAAUCCAAAUCGAGGAUUCGUUUAGCUCUUCUUUCAAACCUAUUUAGUAUAAUUAUGAAAGAAGAAAAUCUCUAAAAAUACCUCAGAAAUAAUACACGACCGAUUCGCGAUUCUUAUUCGAGACGUUUAAAGACCAAAUUAGGAACUCGUGGUAUCCAAGAAAAUUGACAUCUAACGCAAGUUAUUCGCGUCGUGAUACAAAAAUACAUCGUCUACUAAUAGAUCGUGUAAUCUAGCGAACAAUUAUCGUGCGCUACGAGCGGUGACGUGUUCGGUCGCCGAUAUCGGUCGAAAUCGAUGUGCCAUCGGGUUAACCCCGUUCGAUUCAGUGGCAUUAUUAGCGCUUAAUAGCCGGGAGCGUGGACGAGGCACGUGAUUCACGAAAAAACACCGACGGUCGAAAAACAAGUUUCUCGAGUCGACAGAUGGGCCAGAUGAGUGGCCAAUCUGCCGAUGCACCGAUUUGUCGCGAGAACGGCAAGAUUGUACGUUUCAUCCAUAUAACGUAUGUUGUACAUUUUAUACACAGCAAGUUGUCGGCGUGUCUCGCGUAACGAAAUAUAAACGUAAGGGAGGAUCGAAACAUCGUAGCCGGCCGACGAGGAUGGAUGAAAAGUCGUAAUGGCGAACUCGACGUGAGUCACACCUCGCACGAGCGAGGAACGAUAGCCGCGAAUGCAAGAAUACGAUAAGAGACAGCGGGUUUACUACGCGCGAGUAGUGUUAUCGAAGUGGGCACAGUCAAGGACGCACAGUCGUCGAUGAGCACCUCGAAAGAAAAUGAAAACGAAAGUCCGCUUUUGCCGCAUCAUCGAUGUCGUCAUCGCGCGGUUAUAGCCACGUGUGGAUAGUUUCGUCAAGUGCAAGGUCAACCGUGGUCUACUGCGACUACACCGCCUCCGGAAGGUCGCUGCAAUUUCUCGAGGAGUACAUCGCGAAGGAAGUGCUGCCAUAUUUGGGCGACACCCGAGCGUCCACCUCCAUCUGCAGCCUCCAAUCCUCUCUGUUCAGACACGAAGCCAGAGACAUCGUCCGACACGCGGUGGGAGCUGGAGAGCAGGAUGCGGUUCUUUUCACGGGUCAAGGCACGGCGGCUGCCCUCCGCGCGCUUCUGCGACACCUCGACCUCUCCAAAUCCACUGUGGUCUUCGUUGGACCGUUCGAGCAUCACGCGAAUCUCCGCCCUUGGCGGGAGCAUGGAGUCAGGAUAAUACGAGUGUCGGAGACCCGGGAGGGCUUCUUAGACUUGAACGAUCUCGAUCGAAGCUUGAUCAAGAUGCGAUCCGAGGGUGUUACGCAAAUGAUCGGAUGCUUCAGCGCUGCCAGUUGCAUAACCGGGGUUUUGGCAGAUGACGUCGCCACGACCCUCCUCCUCCAUCAGUAUGGGGCGCUCAGUAUCUGGGAUUACACCACAGCAGCCCCGUACGUACAGAUCGACAUGAACCCACAUCUGCCGGGCGUCGGUGAGACGACCGUGCACAAAGACGCGAUUAUUUUCGCCGGGCACAAGUUCAUCGGCGGCGUACAGUCACCCGGAGUGCUGGUCACCAAACGAUCCCUCCUCAAAGAUAAAAUCGCCACGGAGGACAUGAGGGAUUCCCAUCACUACCACCGGGACGCGGAACUCCGCGAGGAGAGCGGCACCGCGGGUGUCGUGGAGGCCAUCAGAUGCGGACUCGCGGUUCAACUGAAGGAGAACGUGACGCCUCGAGCGAUCGUCGCUCGUCAAGAUAAGAUAUCGAGGCAAGUGUUGGCACACGUGCGCACGAUUCCGGAACUGAUUCUGCUGGGCAGCGGCUCGCAGAAUGUUAAGAGGCUACCGAUCUUCUCGUUCAUGGUUCGUCACCCGCGCGGCACGUUCCUCCACCACAACUUCGUGUGCGCCGUGUUGAACGACGUGUUCGGUAUACAGGCGCGUGGCGGCUGCGCGUGUGCCGGCCGUUACGCUCACGACCUGAUGGGGAUCGACCAACAACUCGCCAAGGAAUACCAGAAAGCUUUGAUAGAGGGGGAGCGGAACGUGGAGAAGAACGAGGAGACGAACGCGGAGGGUUUGAGGCCCGGAUUCGCGAAACUGUCGUUCCCCUUCUUCAUGUCCGAGGCGGAGGUCGCUUUCGUUCUCGAGGCGUUGAAGAUGGUCGCGACCGAAGGAUGGAAGUUGCUGCCGCAGUACGUGUUGAACCCGGACACGGGGGAAUGGAGGCAUCACACGAACAGCGUGUUCAAGGAGCGCAAGUGGCUGAGCACCAUCAGAUACACGGACGGGAAGAUGAACGCCUCCGAGAGGCGGGUGUCCGGGACGGGCGUGCUUCCUCAGAACUACGGCGACUGUUUGCAGACGGCGCGCAAUAUUUUCAACCGGGCGAGGAAAAUGGCGCAGAGGUACCCGCUCCAGAUAGACCGCAGCUACAAUUUCGUUUCGGAACGGUUCGAGUCCCUCCGGUGGUUCAUGCUGCCGAGCGAGGCGCAGGACCUCCUCCUGGGCAACUCGCAGAACGUGAAGCAAGACGUGCCUUUCAAUCCGAUGCUGUCUUGGAGCAAGCACGGCCAUCACACGCCGACCACCACCCACGACAGCUUGGUCAACUCGCUCGCCCUCGCGAACAGCAUCCGCCGACUGAACAGCGACAUCCCCCGGACGGGGAACGUGCCGAUCUCCCCCAAUUCGCCGAGGCACCGAAGCCUGCCUGCGUUGAGCUCGGCGAGAAAGACGCUGUUGAACGCGACCGAGUUCCAUCACGCGUCGUCGUCCUCCGGGGCGGGGAGCGGGAGCGAGGAGGAGCCGCGCUCGGUCUCGGCCGAGAUGGAGUCGAGCAAGGGCCAAAGGUCGCCCGCCACUUGCCCGAGCUCGCCGACGCCCGUCAGAUUCGCGGUCGGCGAGGCCGUGACGCCGUCGGCCCUCGGCGCGAUGCCCGCCCACGCGGCCAGCCGGCCGGCCAAGGAGCAAAGGGAGCUGAUCGAGCCGUCGAGCGCCGGCCGAGUCAGGUGCAACUCCCUGGGAAGCAGCAGCGGCGCCGCCGCCGCGGACCCCGCCAACCGAAACGUGGCCUCCUCCUCCUCCUCCCCGAUCCCCCCGCUCCCCCUCAGCCCGCAAACGUUGACGAGCCUCGGGCUGGGCGGGAACAACGGGAGCAACUACUCGAAGCAGAGGCGCCACCACUGCAGCUGCAGCAGCCAGACGGAUUUGAACUCGUUGGAGUUGGACAACGGGAGCCCGAGCCACUCGAUCUUGUCGUUGAAUUGUCACACAGCGACCUCGCCCCCCUCCUCCUACUCGUCGGUCAGCGAUUACACGGAGAAGUUCGUAGGGGUGGGGGGCAGGUCGUCGCCGAUCUCGGCGAACGGCGGCCAAAGGUCGGAGGACGAUCUGAGGGCUUACGUGAAGGAGAUGACGAAGGAGUUGGCGACCGAGAUCAAGUCGGAGAUACGGGAGGUGAUCUCGAAAGUGGACGACGCCCUGUCGGAGACGAACACGUCGGAGAACACGCCGCAGCAUCAUUCCCGGAACCUGAACGCGAUCGGGCAGCUCUCGGUCGAGGAGAAACAGGCGAGGCACGAUUCGUUCACGGCGAGCGACAUCGCGGAAUACUUGAUGGAGUUCUCCAAGGAGAUGGCCAGCGAGGUCAAGUCCGAGAUCAGGUGCAUGGUGAACGCGGUGGACGGGUUGCACAGGCACUCGCCCGACGCGUCCGCUUCCGACGUGUCCUCGAACGGGUGCGGCUCUCCCGACAGAGGGAGGGUGGUUCAACCGUCGGCGUCCGCGAGGAUAUCGGCCGCGAGGCGAAGCGGCCCGAUAGAGAUCUCCGGCAAGGUGGGCGAGCUGACCCAGCAGGAGAGCAAGAUGUCCAGCGAGUGUUCGUCCGACGAGACGGUGAUCUACGUGAUGAAGCCGGCCGAGGGCGAGCAGAUCGUGAGUCGCAAGCGGUCGAAAACGGACGACGAGGAGGUGGUGGCCGACCUGGACGACGACUUGAACGACGACGAUCCCCAGGAGCGCGGCGGUUUGGAGAUAGGCGACGCGAGGAAGGUCCUGCCGAAAAUUUAUUCCGCGGUGAACUCGGUCAGCUCCCAGGACAGCGGUAUCAACCUGUCGUUUCACGAGAGCGACAAAUCCCUCGACUCGGUCGACUUGAAGCGCAGCAGCAGCGCCGAGUCGAACUCGACCAACAGCUACGGUCGCAAGCCGAGGACCUCCUCGAUGACCGCUCUGUCCAACAAGUCCAACAGUUGCAAGCAGCAACAAGUCCGUCAGAACGACGACUUCUCCGAGGACGAGGAGUGCUCGAGCAACGACUUGAAGGAGGAAGAGGACGGGGGGGACCAGGGGGCGGCCUUCGAGUCGAAGGACGGGAAGGUGGAAGUGUGCCGACCUCAGUGGCACUGCCCGCCGAAGAACAUCUGGAAGCCAGCCGUCGAGGCGAUGCAGGAGUUCGACAUGAUUCGGGACAACGACCGGGUGCUGGUUUGCCUGUCGGCCGAUUGCAAAAGCUCCCUCUCGUUGUUGCACGCGUUGCACCAAUACCGAUUCUACGUGAGGUCGAAGGGGGUUGACUUCGAGAUCGGCGCCGCGACCGUGCACGCGAACGGAUCCAACCCCGUGGAACUGGCCGGCUAUCUCAAGGGUUUGAACGUCCCUUACUUCCGCGAGGAGGAAGCUGCGAGCAACGGGAACGGCAAGUGCAACAGCGGCGACGAUCGAGGGGGGGAGGGGGUGGACGCGAGCGGGGCGUGCAGCUUUUGCGAUCGGGCGACCAGGGCGCAGUUGUACACGAUCGCCAAGCGACACAAUUACAACGUUUUGGCAGUGGGCCAACAUCUGGACGAUCUGACCGAGGGUUUCCUCGUCUCGGUGUUUCACGGCGGCAAGCUGAGAACCAUGAAAGCCCACUAUUACAUACGCCGCCAGGAUCUCAGGGUCGUGCGGCCGUUCGUUUACGUGCGGGAGAAGGCGUUGAGGCAAUUCGUCGAGACCAAGAAGCUACUGGUCACAAGGGGAAUCGGGUCGAGCGACCUUCCCGAGAAGCGGAAGCGAAGCAAGGAGCUGAUCCUCGGACAAGAACGCGCUUAUCCUCGCCUCUACUGGUCCCUGAGAACGGCUCUCCGGCCGCUGAUCGACGCCCACGAGCAACAGAUCGACCUGGACCUGGUCUCGCCCGUGGUCAACACGCCGGGCAGCAGUUCGAGCGGUUCGAGCGGGUGCUGCAGCCUGGCCGUGGGCAGCGGCGGGAACGGGCAGGGUGGCGCGAGCGGGCAGCAGAAGAGGCAGCAGCGAAGAGCGAAGGCGAACUCGAUCUCGUCGGUCGGGCCGGUCGUCCAGUGGCAGGCGGGCGAGCAGGACGAGAACGAGGACGAGACCGACGAGGAGCCGGUCCUUUGAGGGAGACCCGUCGCGAGAUGGGAUUUCGAUCGUGAUUCGAUCUCAUCCUCGCAUCGCCGUCGAAAAUUACCGUCAUCGGCGUUCUCCGUGGUCAGGAGGAGGAGAAUGCGUUUCGCCACCGCCGCCGCAACCAAGAUUCAAAAUCCUGAGGGAGAAUGCUAAAGGGGGAAUGAAUCGGUGGACGAAUCGUGUUUGAACACCAUCGAUAUAUACGCGAGGAUGAAACGUGGACGAAGAAGAGAAACGUAUCCGAAUCUUCUUGGGCUCGAGGAUAUCUCGUUCUUCUUCCGCCGAGAACGAAACUUCGAUCGUUUCUCCGUUUAUUUAUAAACGGUCGACGCUUGCGCCAGAGAUCCUCCAUGUUUGUCUAAUGAAAGGAUCUUCGCGAUUUUACGCGAUUUACGGUUUCUCUGUAUCGGCACGAAGAUGCUCUUAACGGAUCGUUUCGCGUUUCGUGAACGUUUUUCAUUUAGCCUUGAGCGUUCUCCAGAGAGAGAGAGAGAGAGAGAGAGAGAGAGAGAGAGAGAGAGGAACGUCGAUGCACGAAAAUAGGGAUAUAUAUACAUACAUAUAUAUAUAUAUAUUCGUUCGACGCAACGGACGCAACGACGGAUCGGAUAUUUUUUUUCUUCUUUUUCUUCUCACGAGUGGUUGUUCCGUCUGAAGAGUAUGAGAACGAGUCGUGGAACCGUCGUCGCGGUUCGUUCGAUAUCUAACGAUAUACAAUUGCUUCGUAAAAGCUACUUAAACAAAACGUUGUGCGCGGUUUAAAUGUUACUUACGUAAGGACACUUAUGUUAGCGUUUAAAAUAACCAACCAACAUGUUGAGACUUCGGUUGUACUUUACGAGUUCAGAGCACGCGGGACGUUGUGGUGUCUGGCCAGACACCAGAGUCUUGUCGGAUGGAACGAUCUUUCGCGAUCUCGAGGGUGAAUUUUUCCCAGGGAGAUGAAUCGGUCCGAAUCGAAAGGAGAUUAUGGAUGAUUUAUGGAGGGGGGUUGAAAGUGGUGGUUGAUUCGACAGGACUCGAGUCCUUGGCAAAUUUUGAUCGGUGGACGAUACCGAAGAAACGAAGGUGGGCAGAUGAAGUGACUACUUUGAGAAGCGCCAAAACCUCGACUGCUCAAGGGACCGCAAUUUUAGCGUAAACGAGAGGAGGAGGACACUUGAUUUUUUAUAUUAUAAUUGUGAUUUGAUAAAACGAACGAGCCUCGUGUCUCGCGUCGGUGACGAAUUAGGGUUAGUCGCUUAAGAAAUACCAAAAUUUUUGUAAAAUCGUGCCCCGCGCUCACCCGUCGAGAACGAGCCUCAUUUUUUCGAGCAUUUUUCGAUGAAUUCGAACGUGAUUGUUCGCCUUGACGUCUUUCAAUUAGGGAGGGAGGGGGGGGAGAGAGAGAGAAAGAGUGAGAAAGGAAGAGAGAGAGAGAGAGAAAGCGAAAAGAAUUUAAAAAUGACACGGAGAUUUUGUUCGUAUCGUUUCGAAUCGAUAGGACGUUCAUUUUUUUUGCGGUCAAUGAAAAUGUCGUCCUUGACGGUUCGACGAUUGCGCCGUUAAUUAAUUAAACUGCACGCGGCGGAAGCCUGAAAAAAGGAAUAAAAGAAAAUGAGAGCGAAAAGGGAAAAACGCGCUUGUUCGACUUUUUGUAAAAACAAAAACGCGCGAAAUCAAUCGACGAUGUAUUUAUCAACUCGAUCCGUUUUUUUCGGUUCACGCGAACGUUCCAUUAAACACACCGGAUGGAUUAAAAUCGAAGAGAACAGGAGAGAGAGAGAGAGAGAGAGAGAGAAAGAGAGAGAGAGAGAGAAAGAGAGAGAGAAUGCGAGAGAGAAAAAGAGAGAGUGUGAGAGAGAAAAGAUUUGAGGGGUGAAGGUUUUGACUAAUUCUCAACCGUAAUUGCAUGUAAUUUCGAUAGCACGCACACAAAAUAUGCGCCUAGCCGCGUAAUAUUCGUAAAUAUAUACGUGUAAAUACAUAUUUGCUUCUCUGGCAGAGUAUACCGAAGACACAUGGUAUAUAUAUACAUAUAUAUACAUAUAUACAUAUACGAAUCAUUAUACGAAAGCUUUUUCCUCUUAACUGGUAAAUAUACGUACAUCUAUACAUAUAUAUCAUGUAUGUCGCCUUGUUCGAAAUCAUUGGCGGAUCAUAUUUUUCGACUAUUGUAUAGCCCCUUUUUCGUCGAUGAACAAGAGAGAAGACAGGGAGAGAGAAAAGAAAAGAAAAAAAAAAUAGAAGACACGAUCGAGAGUCGAUCGUUGAAAAAGAAAAAAUUUAGAAGAUCGCGUGGUAUUUUCGAUUCUUCUAGACGUCGUGGUUGAACGGACGCAUCAUUUUUUGGAUAUUCGAUGUUCGCCAUGUCCAACGUACUGGGAUUCGCGCAACAGGAACGAUUAUCCAGCCAUUGUAGAUUACACGUUUUCAAGACCAAAAAAAAAAAAAAAAAGCGAAACCAGUCGAAGCAGAAUGGCGCUCGUGGAAGAGAUUCGUUCUAAAGAUGGAAUGGAAAAUUGGACGAUACGAUCGUCACGGCGGAUAUAUGGGGUAUUGGACGAUAAUAAUCGAACAACAGAAUUUUCGGCUCGAUACUUAACGAACUCGUCUUCAAGCGUUUUCGUUUCGUUUAGGUUCAGGACAACAGUGUACGCUCGCUAUCGUUAGGAUUUUAUUCGAGGAAGCGUAAUGCUCCGGUGCGUGUACGUAGACCGCAUGCAAAAAAAAAAAAACACGUUGCAACAUUGUAGGAUCCUCCCGGUACGGAAUCUCGCGUCGUAUCGAUAUUUCUUAAAAUACGACCCGUUCGUUCGUUUUGACGGGGCGGACGUGUUGUGUGACACACGAGAAACACCAACCGACAGGAACAACACAUACAUACGGGAAGAGAAAUAGGCACGUGGAAAUAGAGAGUACGAGGAAAUCUCGAUCUAUAUGGAUUUUCGUGGAUAGAUAUUACCAUAUUUUCCGAGAGUUACGAGAGGACGUUGUUACUGUAAAGAUAUGUAAGUUUAUUUAUCGCUAAUAAAAAUGAACGUUUAAGAAAAAUAA